GUAAGGAACUAGUAAAAUUAACUAGUACUUCCACCUACAGGAGAACUAUGGAGCUGUAAACAAGGGUUUGGGCGCCGACACCAAGCGCUACUUAAGAAUGAUAUGGAGACGGCAUGGAAUUUGGCCUCUAGAAAAUACAGAUUUGGUCAAAGAUCUCAGUGAAGGCCCACCUGUCCAUCUUGUCCCAGAUGUGGGAAUCUCCCAUGAGGCUGAGAUUGCUAUCCCUGCAGCAACCGCAGCACCAGCCGCAGCACCAGCAUCCAUCACUGCAAAGCGGGCCAAAUUGGAUUUCAGAGCCAGGAAGGACCAACUCAUGCAGUACCUAGGCCUCCCGAAGACGCGGAAGACGCCGGAGACGCCCAAAGAUUUGGUCGAAGAUCUCAGUGAAGGCCCACCUGUCCAUCUUGUCCCAGAUGUGGGACCCGCCCACGAGGCUGAGAUUGCUAACGCUGUGGCAGCCACAGAACCAGCCGCAGCACCAGCAUCCACCACUGCAAAGUGGGCCAAAUUGGAUCUCAGAGCCAGGAAGGCCCAACUCAUGCAGGGCCUAAGCCUCCCAAAGACACAGGAGACGCCGGAGAUGCCCAAAGAUUUGGUCGAAGAUCUCAGUGAAGACUCACUUGAUGAUUUUGAAAACCUUAUGACACCAGAGAUGGCAAAGGAGAGAUUGGAAGAUUACCUCUGCUGGGUUAAGAUGGCAGAAUCUCGGCUCAAUGAACCCAUCAGCCCCCACGUUCGAGGACUUCUCCGGUGUUCGUCUCCCAGGUAGCUGGGAUUAUGGACGCCUGCCAUCACGCCCAGCUAAAAUCACUUUAUGAAUGCAUAUUUCCAUCUGGGUGAAAUAAAAAUCACAAGCCUCUC